AUGGACGCCCGUGCCCUCCUCACGUCCCAAGGGUGGCGGGGCACUGGCCAUUCACUGCACAAGUCCGACGACUCGAUCGGCCUGGCCAGGCCCAUCCUUGCGUCGCGAAAAGACAACACACGCGGAAUCGGCCGAAAGAGCCAUGUCACAAGCGAUCAGUGGUGGCUGAAUGCGUUCGACGAACAGCUGAAGAGUCUCGACACUUCCAACAAGACCAGCAUCGUGCAGACCAAGAAAAACACCAAGUUGGACGGCCUUCUGACGGCCGGCGCGGGGAAGUACAAGGGCGCGAAUGCCCUGUACGCAUGUUUCGUCAGCGGUGGGAUGCUUGAAGGCUCGCUGAAAUGGGAUCCAGAGGGCGAAUCGACGGACGCGACACCCGAGGCCGAAGCCGCUCCAGUAAGAACGGAGACCAAGGAGGAGCGCAGGGCCAGGAGGGCGGAAAAGAAGAGGAGGAAGGCUGAGAAGUCGGCCAGGAAACUGGCCAAGAAAUCGGCGGCGGCUGCCAAACCUGUUGAGAGAAAGGACAAGUCCAAAAAGGACUCGAAGAAGAGCUCAAAAAAGGGCGCAACACCAGAAACGAACGAGGAACGUCGGGCUAGGAAAGAGGCGAAGCGAAAACGAAGGCAGGACGAAGAGAAGCGCACGAAAUCCGAGGACGGUUGA